UUGCAGGAAAAAUUAGCACAAGCAACCUAUGUGUUGUCCAGUGCGGACCCAUUCUUUGAUUUUCCGAAGCCUACGAUCCACAAAGUAAAGGAACUUGGAGGUGUUGCUGUUCCAAAAGCGAAACCGCUGAAUGAGCGGUGGUCAACAAUAAUGAGUCAGCGCAAGAAAGCGAUUCUUGUAUCAUUCGGUUCUGUGGUAGCCAGCUAUAUGAUGCCAAAUGAAACGAAACAAGCUCUCCUGAAUGCUUUUGAUCUGUUCCCAGAUAUUACUUUCAUCUGGAAGUACGAAAAAGAGGAGCACUACAUCGCCGAUGGGCAUCCUAAUGUGAUAACCGAUAAAUGGCUACCACAAACUGAUUUACUUGGUAACAAUUUUUUCUUCUGUCCCGAAAUGACACUAGCACAUCCAAAUUUGGUGGCAUUUCUGACGCAUGGUGGUAUGAAUAGUAUCACGGAAACACUGUGUCGUGGGAAGCCUGUCAUCGUGGUACCCGUCUUUGGUGACCAGUUACGUAAUGCUGUUCUGGCAAAGCGAUCCGGUUUUGGCAUAAUGCUAUCAGUUUCGGAUCUUCAGGUAGAGAAGAAACUCAGUGAUGCGUUCGAACAGAUUAUCAAUGAUGAGAGGUAA